GUGUCGCAGGCAUAUGACGUUUAAAUCCGCAGCCUGUCAGAGGAAGUUGACGUUUGUGCUGUUCCUUAGUAACUAGCGUUUACUGUAGCGGUUACACGGGGGGUAGAAUGGGCAAGGCACAAGACUUUAAGGAUUGUCAUGCACUUGGCUAUUAGAACACCCCAUCUAUCACCUUGUUUUUAGGGGCUGUUUCUGUUGAGGACAUGAGGGCUUUAUUUUGAUGCAGUGCCAUUGAGAGAGCUGGUGAAGUGCUGCCCUGAAUAAAGAGACAGAUUAACAAAGACUAGGAUGGAUUGGAAGAGAAGCCUAAAGGAGAAACUGAAGCGAGAUCACAAAGAAAAAAGAAGUGAGCAGGAGAUGAAGGAUGAAGAAAUGGAGCUCUUCACAAAAUAUUACACAGAGUGGAAAGGUGGCAAUAAAGAAUCCAGCGCUUUGAACAUCCCUCGAUUCUAUUACAGGUUGCCAGCUGAGGAUGAAGUUUUGCAGCAAAAAUUAAGAGAGGAAUCUCGAGCCGUCUUUCUGCAGCGCAAAAGCAGAGAACUGUUAGACAACGAGGAACUGCAGAAUCUGUGGUUCCUUCUGGACAAGCAUCAGUCCCCACCUUUGUUUGGAGAGGAAGCCAUGAUCAACUAUGUAGACUUCAUAACUGUGGGUGAAAAGGCCGGGCUCAAGUGCAAUCCAUUUUUCACCCCAAAAGUCUUUAGCAAACUUAUCCACAAUGAUCCCUAUGGCAGAAUCUCAAUUAUGCAAUUUUUCAACUACGUCAUGCGAAAGGUAUGGCUGCACCAGACCAGGAUAGGGUUAAGCUUGUAUGAUGUGGCUGGACAAGGGUACCUCAGGGAAUCGGACUUGGAGAACUAUAUCCUCGAGCUUAUUCCAACUCUGCCGCAGCUGGACGGACUGGAAAAAUCCUUUUACUCCUUCUACGUGUGCACGGCGGUCCGAAAGUUCUUCUUCUUCCUUGAUCCGCUGAGAACAGGAAAGAUAAAAAUUCAAGAUAUAUUGGCUUGCAGCUUCCUCGAUGAUCUGCUAGAGCUGCGGGAUGAGGAACUUUCAAAAGAGAGUCAGGAAUCGAACUGGUUCUCUGCUCCAUCUGCACUAAGAGUGUAUGGACAGUACUUGAAUUUAGACAAGGAUCACAACGGGAUGUUAAGCAAAGAGGAGCUGUCGCGUUAUGGUACCGGAACAUUGACCAGUGUCUUCCUAGACAGAGUCUUCCAGGAGUGCCUGACGUACGAUGGGGAGAUGGAUUACAAGACAUACUUGGAUUUUGUUUUGGCUUUGGAGAAUAGGAAAGAGCCGGCAGCGUUACAGUAUAUAUUCAAGCUUCUAGAUGUUGAGAACAAAGGCUGUCUGAAUGUCUUCUCUCUUAACUACUUCUUCCGAGAUAUCCAGGAACAAAUGAAAAUCCACAACCAGGAAGCGGUCUCCUUUCAGGAUGUGAAGGAUGAAAUAUUUGACAUGGUUAAGCCCAAAGACCCUCUGCGGAUUACCCUCCAGGAUCUGAUCCAGAGUGGCCAGGGUGACACGGUGUGCAGCAUUCUCAUUGAUAUUAAUGGAUUCUGGACCUACGAGAACAGAGAGGUGCUGGUGGCUAACGACGGGGAGAGCCCCACCGAUCUAGAUGAUACGUAAUGGGCUCUCUGCCCUUUCUGAACCCACGUUUUAUUGAUGUUCUGCCAUCACCAGGGACGUAAAGGCAACGGUGGUAUCAUUUUGUAUAAAAGAGGCGAAAAAGGGUUUUUAAGGGCUGAAUUUUGUAAAUAACACACCCAAGUGCUUUGGGCUGUCAAGCUGUUCCUGCAAUGUAUUUAUUAAUAAUGUGUAAUACAGUUCAUAGAAUUUGAUGACCUACCCUGUUCAUGUUUACACUCACUUUUCACUCGUCUACCACUUCUGAUGGGAAGCUGCUCCAUUUACCUUCUGCCCUCUCGGUUUUACUCUGGACUAUGGACUCUUUGAGUAAGAAACCGAUGCUUGGCGUUUCCCUGCUUUUGUUUUUCUUCCUGUUAAUAAACUCCCAUAAAGAAUUUAAUAUGUACGGCCGCUGAGACAGACUACCUGGCUGUAACUAUUCAUAGGCUAAUGCGUGGCUGGGCUGGAAAACAGGAAAGCAAUGGUAUAUUCUCAUUAAAUCAUAGGCCGGGCUUUUUCACAGAAAGCAGAUGUUUUUAUUUGCUGGGUAGAAAAUAAAGCCAAGUUCGUUCUCGUUUCAGAGAUUAGCUCUGCAGGAAAAGAAGGCACGCAAUAUAUAAUCAUUGACAAUCUGUCUCACAAGACCAGGGUCCGUAUGCAAUACCC